AUGGCUGUCAAAGAAGAGGCCUCCGAUGUUCACGUCAAGAAUGAGCUUGUUGAAGAGGGCAAUGUUGACCAGCAUCGCAAUGUCGAGCUUCAUCGCGCGCUCAAAUCCCGGCAUAUUACCAUGAUUGCCAUUGGGGGUGCCAUUGGUACUGGUUUGAUUAUUGGGACUGGAGAAGCCCUAGCUAAAGCUGGUCCCGGUUCUAUUCUCAUCUCUUACGCUGCCGUCGGUUUCAUUGUCUACUUGGUCAUGUGUGGUCUGGGAGAAAUGGCCGCCUGGCUUCCCUUGGGCUCUGGUUUUACCGGUUACUCCGUCCGCUUCUGUGACCCAGCAUUAGGAUUCGCUAUAGGUUACACAUACUGGUUCAAAUACAUCAUCGUCACCCCCAACCAACUAACCGCUGCCGCCAUGGUCAUAUCCUUCUGGGUAGACACCGAACGCAUAAACCCCGGCGUCUGGAUCACCAUAUUCCUAGUCGUCAUCGUGUUAAUUAACUACGUCGGCGUGCGCUUUUUCGGCGAAUUUGAAUUCUGGCUCUCCUCUUUCAAAGUCAUCGUCAUCAUCGGCCUAAUCCUCCUGUGCUUCAUCCUCAUGCUAGGCGGCGGCCCCGACCACGACCGCAAGGGCUUCAGAUACUGGAAGAACCCCGGCGCCUUCAACACAUACAUCGACGACGGCGCCCCGGGCCGCUUCUAUGCCUUCUGGAGCACAAUGGUCUCUGCCACAUUCGCGUACCUGGGAACCGAGCUUGUCGGCGUAACAGUCGGUGAAGCACAGAACCCCCGCAAGACCAUCCCCCGCGCCAUCAAACUCACCUUUUACCGUAUCCUCUUCUUCUACGUCCUCAGCGUGCUCCUCCUAGGAACCCUGGUCCCCUACAACUCCCCCGAGCUCGCCUCCGCGACCAACUCCUCCAACUCCAACUCUGCCGCAGCCUCUCCCUUCGUCGUUGCCAUCAAAUUAGCCACCAUCCCCGUCCUACCCCACAUCGUCAACGCCUGCAUCCUCAUUUUCGUCUUCUCCGCUGCAAACUCAGACCUCUACAUCGCCACCCGUACCAUCUACGGCCUCUCGCGCGAAGGAAAAGCCCCCGCCUUCCUCUCCUGGACAGACAACCGCGGCGUCCCCAUCUACUCCCUAGGCCUCUGCUCGCUGAUCGCCUGCAUCGCCUACAUGAACGUCUCCAGCGACUCGCAGACCGUCUUCGGCUACUUCGUCGACCUCGUCACCAUCUUCGGCCUGCUGACCUGGAUCUCGCUGCUAGUAACGCACAUAUUCUUCGUGCGUGCGCGGAAGGCGCAGAACGUCCCUGAGAGCGACCUUGCGUACACCGCGCCGUUUGGGGUCGGGGGUUCGUACUUUGCGCUGGUGUUUUGCGUUAUCAUUGCGCUGACGAAGAGUUAUGAUGUGUUUACUCAUAGUCCGGAGUGGGGCAACUUUGACUACAAGACGUUUAUCACGGCGUAUCUUGGGAUUCCGUUGUAUCUUAUGCUGAUUUUUGGGUAUAAAGUGUUUACGGGGUGUAAGAGGGUAAAGCCUGAGGAGGCGGAUUUGUGGACGGGCAAGGAGGAGAUUGAUCGUGAGGAGGCAGAGUAUUUGGCUGUGCAGGCUAUGAGGGAGCCCAAGGGGGGUUGGUUUUAUGAGAAGUUUGUUUCUUGGUUGUUUUAG